AUGCAGCAGGAAUCUGACCGUCACAACAGAUAUGGCCAUCAACCUCAGAAAGAAGCUCAGGUAGUUUCGCAAACUGCAAGGCAAGCUUCGAUGGAACGCCGAAUGCAGAAAAUUGCUGAAUUUACUACAGUGAUAGCACUCUACAAGGAAAUGGAGAACAUUAGUAAAGAAAAAGCGCUCAUGGGACUCCCGCUACUACUAAAAGACGUCGCAGCCACCUGGUGGCAAGGUAUAAAAAGCGAGGUAAGCACGUUUACAGAAGCAAUAGUGCUAAUAAAAUCCUCAUUUGCACCUCAGAAACCAGCCUACGCAAUCUAUUUAGAGAUUUUAAACUUACGACAGGACCGUAGCACGCCGACAUUCGUAUGUAAGAAGAGGGCUCUAUUUGCCGAGAUUCCUCCGCCUGGAAUCCCAAUAAGCAGCCAAUUGGACAUGAUAUACGGGCUGCUACGAUUAAAUAUUCGUGAGCGUGUUCCGCGAACAACGGUUUCAUCGUUCGAAGAACUUCUGGCGAGAGCACGAGAGAUCGAAGCCAACUUAAACGAGAACAAGAAAUGUGUCCCCAAAGAAGAAACGCAGAAAGUUUGCACGUUCUGCAAACGAACCGGACACAUUGAAGAAAAGUCCGGACCGGACUAA